AUGUCGACUUCUGUUGAUGAUAUUUCCCGAAGUCAGAUACCCCAGGCAUCGCCCUUCUUCGACCUACAGGAAUUUAGAAGUGGAUCACGGACAAGCGACCACUCACUUGGUUCUUUACCGGCCAUUGAUCUAAUGUCAAUUUGCUCUCAAUUAUCCCAGCGGAAAACUGGGUUUGGUGGCGCCGAAAACCGAAGUCGCCGCGCAAACUUGGCUCUUAUUCCCGCUGUAUUUGGAGUUGAUGGUAGCUCUCCGCCACAAGUGAGUAGCUGGGGAUAUAAGCCGGUUACUUCCCCUAAUCGUAAAGAGUACAAAUCUACGAAGAGAAGGCAUUCAAACACCAACAAGGAAAAACCCAAGUACGAAAUGAGUUUGGACACUAAUACGCACAGUCCGAGAUGGGGUUACUCGUCCCCAGCAUUUCAUUGUAGGUCUCCACCGGCUCAACUUUACAAAUUCAAAAAGGCAUUGAAACUUGAACAUGAUUCUGCUGAAAACUGCGAUUUUGUUCCGGGCAUGACAGUGCACCAAGCCAUUCUGUUUCGAAGAAGUAUAAGCUCAAAUUGUCUUUCAAACACUCGGAAUAAUUCACUGGAGGAUAGGAAGCAUAAUAAGACUCCUGUCUUUAAGAAAGAAACGCCGCGAAAGCGUGCCUCCAUGGUUGAUGUGAGCUCUAUACCCCCAUUUUGCGGCGGAAAUGAUAAAGAGAAAAGUGGAAAGUCCUCUCUGAAACCAGCAGGUAGUAAUGUUACCAUGACGUUCCAAUUUCCUGAAAAAAACACAUCCAACCUUGAGAUUAAGUGUUCGUUGUUUGUCAAUGCAGAAAAUCAAGACUUGAGGAAGAACUUCGUUCAAGCAAAAAAAAUCGACAUCAAACUUCCAUGCUUGGACACCAACCACGAGACUUAA